AUGACGGUCGAAAAGCCUGGGUUCCUACUCCUCUGUUCUGGGAUUUUUCUGGCGUUUGUAUGCAUCCUACAUGUUUCUGAAACUAUCCUGAAGUCGCAGGCUGCAUCCUUGGUCUCCUUGAACCUAGAUCAGUCCAGCAUUAUUCACAGGAACGAACUGAUUCGCGUUGAUGUUCCUGCGUCACAGUUGUCCUUGACCAAGAUCGGUGACAUUGUGAAAGGAAAGAUGAAGGCAGCUACUGGGGGUGUGGUUGUUUUUACGGGCAGCGUUGCUGCUGGCACGAGGGUGUCGCCAACUAAGGGCGCGGUGACGGUAAAAGUGAUCUCGGACAAAUACAUCGCACCAGGAACUCCUGUCAGUGGCAGGGUAGGAGACUCGAUGUUCUCAGGAACAGUGGUUGGCUCUCCGAACAACGAAGAACGCUUGUCUGACAUGGAAAAGCGUCUCUCAGCUCUCGAGAAGCCUGCAAAAGAUCAGGUCAUUGAUCUUCACCACGAGGUUGAAAGCAUGCAGGACAGACUACGGAGGUUGGAAGGAAGGAAAUCGAUCAAGGAGAGGAUUGAUGACCUUGAAGAAAGGAUCAAAGAGUUAGAGAAACGUCCGCCGUCCCUCGAUUGGAGGUUGAUCAAGGACAACAGUGAAGGCUUUCAUUUUCAUGGUUCUAUUGGACCAAAUACAGUGGAGCCUUCUGUGGACAAGUUGGAAACUGGACUCUCGAAACUGGAAAAGAAACCAGGACCAGAGGAAGUGGUGCGUCCUAUUGUUUCAAGAUUAGACGAUAUUGAGCAAAGAAUCGACGAUAUUUCGGGUGGUAUCGAUCCGAAGCGAACCAUGGCAAACUUGGAAAGACGAUUGGCAGCAUUGGAGCGUCUUGCAGGCACCGCAGAUGGACAGGACAUUCCUCCUCCUAAAUUCAAUAGCUAA